AUGACAUUUGUAACAUUUAUUAUAGCUAUGGCAGCUAUUGGCGCUUUUUAUUUUUACUCUACUAAACCAGCAUGUAGAGCAGCUGUCAACAAUUGGUCUCUUUUAGCAUGCGAUGCAUUGCAAGAAAAAGCUUUAGAAUCAUUUGGAAAAGUUAUAAAACAAAAGGUAGCUGUUGACAGCAUAAUGCAACCUUUUCGUCGUCUAAUUGAAGUGCCAGCUGAAGCAUUAACAGCUGCUUCUACCUUAAGCUCCGGCUCGACUGGGAGCCGAUUAGGACCUUCAGAUAAUGAAAAACCAGAAGGCGAAACACAUGCUGGUGCUACCGCUCUUCGUUCAGCGACGUUAAAUCAGGAGGAAAAUCAACCUGCUGCUUUCCGAGUUGGAGAAACAUCGGCCGAUACUGCACUGGAGAAAGGACUUGUCACAGGUGAAAAGAAGAAAAAGAAAAAGAAGUCAAAAAGUAAAAGUAAAAAGAAGAAAAGUUCCAAAAAGAGUAAAACAAUGGAAGAAGCACUACCAGAUGAUAUGUAG